CCCGCCUCAGUCCCUCCGCCUCCACUGUGAAAGUGCAUCGACGGUAGCCAUAUUCUGUGAUUUUCCCGAGCCCUUCAACUGUGGAAGUGUAUUAUGUAGAACGGAAGAUAUUACAGGUGGUGUAGUGCCUGAGUACUAUUGAAAAACCGUCGCUUUGCCUUUACUAAUGAGUCAAAAUGGCCGAUACCGAUGUCCAGAGCAACGAUGUGGACACCUUGAGGCCAGCGGCGGGAGAUGGAGGUGCGACGGGCGACACUUCGGCAGAUAAGGACAAAUCGAAUCCAGAUGGCUGCCGGGAGACAAAGCCACGCCCUUCCCCUGUUGAUGUGGCAGCUGCGCAAAAUGCUGGGCAAGAUGGGGGUAUCAAGACCCCCACCACGUCCUCGGCGCAGACGCCUCGCUCUGCAGCGGGGCCCUCGCGCAACGACACUUUUCGGGACAGGGAGCGGAAGAUUGGCCACCGGAGGAUCGACGAGGGUGGCGUGGUCACAUACAAGAAGAUUGGCUCUAAUCAGUUGAUGGCGUCAAUCCAGCUAGGCAUCCAACAAGCUGUAGGCAGCCUAGCCAGUAAACCUGACCUAGAUGUUUUAAUUCAAGACUUUUAUGUUGUAGAAACUAUAUUUUUCCCAAAUUCUGGCUCUCAGUCCACGCCAGCUCAUCAGUUUUCAGACUUUAGGUUCAAGGUGUAUGCUCCAAUAGCAUUUAGACACUUUAGAGAUCUGUUUAGAAUUCAGCCAGAUGAUUAUCUGGUGUCCCUGUGUACAGAGCCGCUACGCGAGCUCAGUAACCCAGGGGCGAGUGGCAGCAUCUUUUACCUCACCAAUGAUGACGAGUUCAUCAUCAAGACAGUGCAGCACAAAGAGGCAGAGUUCCUUCAGAAGCUGCUCCCUGGAUACUACAUGAAUCUUCGGCAGAACCCCAGAACGUUACUACCAAAGUUUUUUGGCUUGUAUAAUUAUCAGUGUAAUGCCAAGAAUAUUAGGUUAAUAGUAAUGAAUAAUAUACUUCCAUCAUCAAUAAAAAUGCACCAGAGAUAUGAUCUGAAAGGCUCUACUUACAAAAGAAAGGCCAACAAGUAUGAGCGAAGCAAAGACUCCCCAACUUUCAAAGAUCUGGACUUCAUGGAGCACCAUCCCGAGGGCAUCCUGUUGGAGGCGGAAACCCACAAGGCACUCAUCAACACUAUUGCCAGGGACUGCAGGGUGUUGACGUCUUUCAAGAUCAUGGAUUACUCCCUGCUGGUGGGCAUCCACAACCUGGACUUGGCGGCCAAGAAGAAGGCGCAAGAGAAGGAGAGGAGAUUAAAUGGAGGAGGAGAAGGAGGUAGCAAAGGAGCUGGAGGAGGAGGAGGAGCAAGAGGGGGAGGAGGAGGAGGAGGAGGAGGAGGUGGAGGUGGAGGAGGUGGAGGUGGAGGAAUGGGAAGUAGUGGUGGUGAGGGAGCAGGAGGGGAGGAUGCAGGUGGGGAGGGAGCGGAAGGGGCCAGCCUUACUCGGUCCCGCUCCAUCAAUCGACACAAGUUGGUGGCUCACUCCACUGCUAUGGAAUCGAUUCAGGCCGACUCUGAUCCAAUAGACGAGGAGGAUCAAGUCCCUCCGGGAGGCAUUCCUGCGAGAAAUGUGAAGGGUGAGCGUUUGCUACUCUUCUUGGGUAUCAUUGACAUCCUCCAGAGCUUUCGACUCAAGAAGAAGCUAGAACACACUUUUAAAUCCAUGAUACAUGAUGGGGAUACAAUAUCAGUGCAUCGGCCAACCUUCUAUGCCCAGCGGUUCCUCAAGUUCAUGGAAAACACUGUGUUCAAGAAGAUUCCAUCACUGGAUCUUCCAGAAAUCAAAGGCGGCCAUCGCAAAUUCCGAAAUCUGGUCUCCAGCUACAUAGCCCUAAGGCACUCCCCAUCGCGGCGGCGAGGUGCGUCCUUGAGGGUGAUGCGGCCCAUGUCUCAGACGGAUCCAGAGCAUCCAUCGGAGCCUCAUGAGGGACAGGAAGGAUCUUCAGUACGCAGUAAAAGAAGUGCAAGCGUUCGAAGCAGAAGGUCUGGUGGAAGACUGACAGGAGGGUUGACAGCCAUCACCUCCACUGCCACAUCUGCCGCUGCCACCACCACAGCCACCUCAUCCCCUGCUGUAACUGUCACCCCUGGAGCAGUGGCGGCAGCGACGGCUGGAGGGGGAGGCCCGGUAGCAGCUGGUUUGGGGACGGGGACCCCCUCCACCCCGGUCAAUCUUCCAGCUGUGCUGCAGGACCGGCCUCACUCUGGCAGGGGGCGUGUACCUCCUCCGGUGCCUCCGCGCUCACCCCGGGGCGGCGGUGCCACUCAGGCUGCCCCUGUCACUUCUUCAUUUUCCAUUUCCCGAGGGAGUGGCAGGGGCAGUGUAGUCACUGUAACCAGUGGAAGUACUGUGCCUCCAGCCACUUCCACCCCUCCACCCCCAUGGGAGGCAGGCGCUUCCUCCUCCUCCUCACCAAAAAUCCAAGUCCGUUCCCACGUGACAACCGUUGCCAUCCAGGAGGACCGCACUGAUGUCGUCAGAAAGGGUCAAAAGUUGCGCUUUAAGGGCCUUGCCGAGGACCCCCAAAGUGUUACUGACCCGGUGCUUGUUAGCUAUAAGGAGAUAAAAUCCACCACUUUAAGCGUGAGUGACGUGCAGUUGGAGCCCCGGCCAGACUCCAAGGCAUCGCUGGGUGUGGACACUAACGUGGGGCCAACAUCUAUGGUCCGUACCCUCACCUGGACACCCCCACUGUCUGUAGAGGGUAGUACCCCUACCUGGACCGAGGGAACCCCCAGCUUUACAGAGUCCUCCUCUAGUGGAGAUUUAGGGUGUCCCACUACUCCAGUCCGCAGUCUUAACACCACCCAGGAGUCCAAUGAUAUCCUCUUCCAUGAAACAGAGAUGUGAGUUUGCACCAGGCAUCCAUGUCAGUUACACUUCAAGGGCUAGACACUGGUGACUAGCAGGCUCUUUGGGCAGCCAUAGUGCCCUCUACUGCUCUCUCUGCCUCUCUUCUUCCUUCAGUGUGGUUUACCUCUGCGUGCUGUAUACUUGUAGCAAGGUGCUUCAGAUCUUCACAGAGCUGAAUUCUGUAGCUUUCUCUCACUCCAUCAGAUGCUCUCUACAUAUUGUGGUCACACUUGUAAUUCAUUGGCUUUGCAAUGCCAUGCGCACAAAAGACAAGCUAAGAUGUUUCAUGUUGAUAGUUAAAACACAUCACCUUUACCAUUGUCACUUGGCAUUAGCCAGCUCGUACUGCCACGAGAAUUCAGUCAGUUAUGGUGGUCUGUAGCAAAUAUUUUACACUUGAAUGUGUAACUAAGGUCCUUGGAGGUAAUGCCAAGAAAUUAUCACUUUUAUUCCAUCGUGGGGACAAGACCCAAGCCUUAAAGUAAAAUGGUUUAAUGUUUUGGAGAAUAUUUUUCUCCAUUAUUGGGUAAUGUGUGCUUUCAGCUUAGUUCACUAAGCUGACUGAUGCAUAAUACUUGAGAACUGUAAAGUAUUGUUGUAUGAAGUGUAGCCAGGUAGAUAUAGUUGUUAUCUGCUCUAUUCUGGAAUAGUAUGAUUUUCUGAUGGACCUGUAUAGUGGGGGAGAAAACAUUGAAUUCUGUUGAAUAUUUUCCAUGCUGUUUAUAUGCAAUUGAUAUUAUAUUUGGCAGGAUGUAAAGGUACCUGGCCCUCUUAAUUACUUGUGGUUAGUUUACUACAGAGACAAUCCAUUUCAGUAUUGUUUACUUACCAUUGAGAUUAGGUCAACUUUCAGUAAAGAAAACUAAUUAUUAGGUUGUUAGACACAACAGUUUGGGCAAGGCCUCCAUAACCACAUAAUGGGGUGCUAACUUAACUUGCAUUAAGGGAUGAGAAUAUUUGGGUUUAAAAGUUCACUCUUUGAUUUACCAAGAAUUGUUGAAAUGUUGACUCAUCCAGACUAUGACCAAAGAUAAGAAAUGAAUGAAAGGUCAGUAUGCCAGUUGUUUAUGUUAACAUUCACAUGUUUGUUGCCAAGUUAGGAACCAUGGGCUGAAUAAGAAUGAAUGCUACAGCCUCCAACAAGGUACCUUUCAUUCACUGCCUCCUUGUUACUGUACAGUAUGAUAUUAAAAAGUGGUUGACAGUUAUAGUUCUUGAUGUAUAUUGUGGUUAACUAUUUUUUAGAGCUCAAGUACAUGAUUUUGUAAGUCUUAUCCAACGCAGCUUUCUACAAUAAAUGUCCUACAUGGUAAUGUGUACUUGUGCUGUAUUACUGUCUUGUGAGGUGAUGGGUGGAUGUGGGCUGGCUGGCUGGCUGCAUCUUCCCUCCUCCACCAGUUGUCAUAGAACAGCUGACUUACUGGGGAAGAGUAAACCAUCCUGAGCAAUUAGCAGAGAUGCUGAAUAGUUGUCAUCCAUUUAAAGCUUAUUUGUCUCAUGAUUUGAUUUUUCUAGUGUUUGUUUCAUACAAGGUGUGCCCUCAGGAAACCACAUGUCUGAGGUCCUUUAUGUUAUUUUCUUGUUUGAGAGAUUUUGCUUCAUUUGUUGAUGUAAAAAUGUGUAAUGAGUAUUGUAUUUAGAUCUAUUUCACGAACCAGUUGGAAUUGAUUAAUUUUAAAUAUUUGAUGUUUAUUAGUACCACUGAACUAAUUUGUGGAAGUCACAACCAUUUGAGCCUUAACUACAAAGAAUAGUUCAAGGUCAUGGGACCAGCUCAUAGAGAUUUCUAUUCUUUAGUAACUAGUGUCUAUGAGUAGCCAUGGUGGGUGUGUGAAUGACUCCUGCCACACCACUGCCCCGGGCCAAGUGAGUCCCACUCCCGACACUAUGCAAUCUUGCUUCUGUCACUUAUUUUAUCUUCAAAGUAACUUGUCAAUGUUAUAAUAGGUAGUGUCUCAUCCACAUCAUAUCUACGUAUGCCAAAAGAAGAUGAUCACUAAAUGAAGAUGGUGCCAUAUGACCUAGUAGUGGCUCAGGUUUCAAACAUUCAUCCACUAAUGAAAGAAAACUUAUGCCAAGAAUUUGCAGGUUAGCUUAUGAACUUAUAUUUUACCAUUAUCUUAAAAGACAUUUAUUUAUGCAUUUCUUUUUUCAUGUAUGAUUGGUGAAAGCAAAUGGCAUUAGACAUGAAUGCAGGGGCUUUUAAUAAAAGUAUUACUAGGAGUAUUUGUGGCUCCUACAAUGAGAAGUAAAUUGGAGGAGGCCUUCCAGCUCAGACUGCCCAUCCCUUCACACAAGUGUCUUGAGUGCCAGCUUUAUAUAGGCGAGUGUUAUAUGAAGCCGGCUGUAUCUCAGUGUACUGUAUCUCUGCUGUGUUCUCGUACAUAUCUGUGUCACUAAGAUAACUGUACGUAGCUGAGAGUAGGAACUAUGUCUACCACUCCUGUUACCUUCUCUUGUUUUGAAUGCCAGCUGUUGUGUGUGGUGAUCUAGGAAUCUCAUCCAAGUUUUGUUUUGUAGCAGUGAAGGCUCACUGGGGUUCAUUGUGUUGAAUCUGACCUGUGGAAUGCUACUAUGGUUACUUUUAAGUUGUGAAGAAAGUUGAAUGUGUUGGGGUUUCAUAUUUAUCAGUGAAGAGAAAGUAAGACAAACCUACUAAAAUUUCACUAAUAUAAAACAUAUAUAGAAUUAAACAUUGACCAAUGGAGAAUUCUUCAUUAUUUUCUAGAGUGAUCAUUGCUUUAUACAUUUAGCUUGGAUACCAAUGUGAUAGUCAUACAGAUUUGAAAGACUCCUAUACGCUUAGAAUGAGUUGAUUCAUGUCAAGGCUUGCAGUACAUAUAAAACACUCAUUGUUUUGACAUAGUGAUGGUUAUGUCAAAGGAAUAGUUCACUCACUGUUGUUCAUAGAAUAUGUGAAUAAUGUUGAUGUGAGUGGUUAGAGAUGGAUAAGUGGAUGGAAGGCCGCUGGCUUUGUUAUUAUUUAUGCUUCAGUAAAGACACUAGCCUCUUCAUCAUGUGUGUGUGAACAGAUUAUCAGGUGACAUAGCUAACAUGUGCUUAAGAGAGAGAGAGAGAGAGAGAAAGGGAGAGAAAGAGAGUGUGUGUGUGUGUAUGGGGGAGGGAGGGAAGGGAAAUUGCCACCAUAACUGUGCAUUAAUCUAAAGUAGUUUAAGCUAUAUUAGCAUAAUAAGUAUACAUGUAUGCAAGUUUGAGUGCAUGUUAUGAAAUGCUUUAUAAAAAUUACACAUUUUAGGAGAAUGUCAGGUAAUGAGUAAUGCUACUUUUGCUGUUCUCUUUCAUUUGUGUUGAAGAUUGAGUCUGGCUGCAAGCCAUGCAUCAUGAAAUUUGUGAGUGCCUGAUGUGUUAGUCUUGUGUCCUGGAGGCAGUGAAGCUGUUGGUGGUUAGUCUUCAGGACGAGACAGAGUAUAACUAAGUUUUAAAAGUGUGUAAUGUAAACAGCUGUUUCUGUAUUGACUAGUUAUAUUUAUAACUUUUUCUAUGAAAAAGUACAAUGUCUCUAUAAAACCACAACUUUGGUGUGGUUGGGAAAGUUGAAAAGUAUGAAUGUUGUUCUAGACAAAGACUGUGUUGCUUUACAUAUCUUCUGUGAUUGGACGAGUGAUGCCAAGGCAAUAAAAAAGUACUCAUUUAACCCACUGCUUGAGUGAUUGUUGUCCUGCAGGAGAGGGAUGAUUGGGCCUGCAUGCUAGGUAGCCUCACAGGAAAGUCUCUUGGAAAGGUGGGCCUCACCUAAGUUUAAAUGUCUACUUUGUUCAGUAAUUUUAUUUUCUUACAGAGAUGAACCUUUCAGUAUUGUGAUGAGCAAGAAAGGAAAUGAAUGAAAGAUUUCUGUCUAGUACUUGGAUCACAUGGAUCUUUAUAUGCAACUUCAUCUUCUGAAUGAUCUUCAAUAACAAUCAUAAUCAUUCAGACAUUACUUGGAAACUGUGAAUCGUUUACACCAAUUCAGUACAGAGCUAUAAUUUGCUAAGGAAGUGUAAAUGUACUGGCUUUAUUUGGCAUAACUUUAUCCAUCUUUGGUGAAGCAUAAUCCUUAACCAGCCUCUCCUUACAACUGAUGCAAUUGGAAUGUUUCGCUUUCUGUGUGUUCAGUUCCAUCUUGAAUAACAUCAUGAAUUGCUAAAUGUAUUGCUUCCAAAAGGCUACAAACGUUCGCUUCUCAAUGUUUUCAAGAGAUUCAAUUAUGACCAAGCUUUUUUUGUAAUCCCUUGGCUCAAAACUGAACUAUUACCAGUCAGUUCAGUGUGUGACAGCCUUCCACACCCAUAACUUAACCCAUCACCUCUCUGAUAAAUUAUGGACAUGAACUUGUUUUUGUAAUUAUUGAAACUAAUCAAUGUUCAUUCAAGUGCCAUAUAAUGAAGCAAUAAUGUUAUGCACCUGAUUUCUCAAGUUGUUGGCUAGCCUUAUUGAAAUGAAUUCUGCCACUGUCAUUAGUUUUUCACAUACAAGUAGUACAUACACAAGCAUUCUUGGUGAAGGCAGUACAAUCUCCAGGAACACAACUUUGCCUCAGGGUGGAGCUUGAAUUUAGCACAUGACUUUGUUGAUUUAAAAAAUUAACAAUUUCUCCUACAAUUUAAUAGCAAAACAUUUCCAGCGCAGAUUACAUGAGGAACUUUAAUUGUUCUAAGUUGUGUACCAACCAACAGAAACAACACUUCUAAUAAACUGGAUUAGAGAAUUUAUGCAACAUUAAGGUUGGCACUUUGAUCCUAAAAUAAAUUUACUAAACUGGAUUAGAGAAUUUAUGCAACAUUAAGGUUGGCACUUUGAUCCUAAAAUAAAUUUACUAUGAUUAAGAAACAUGACUGCUUUGAAACUAAGUAUGUUGGGUUAAAGGGUGACUGGCUAUAUACAGUAAGAUGACCCCAGGUUUUCAAGAUAUGGUUUAAUAUACAAGUGAUUGUUGUGCGAAACGACCUGCUUCAUGAUGCACGUGUUCAGCAAAAAUGAGUCUCCAUCAGAGGCUUGUAGGAUUAUGGAGAGAAGAUGGGCCACAUGUGAGAUGAACCAAGCCAAUCACUGCUGCUCAAGUCAACUUUUCUAAAUUGUUUAGAAUCCCAGUGAUAUAUUAACAGCUGUAUCAUGAUGUACCAAUACACAUCAUUCAAAGCUGGCUACUAAGUGAUCUUGAUGUCUUGAUUUAUUCGAGAGUAUCACAAGAUGCUGCUGCUGCUGCUACACUCCUGCCUGCAUCCACUUAUACUACAUACUCCAGUGUUAUUCAUUUGGUUUGACAUGAAUGCACAAUUGUGACUUGCAAGAAUCUCAUCUUAUUUCAAAGUUAUGAUUGAAAUUACAUAAUAUUCCUUUAGAUUUUAUAGUGGAAUUUUCUAUGUGGUGCAUCCUUAACAAGUCUUACACAAAGAACAAACCAUUGACUGCAUCAGAGCAUAGUGAACUAUAAUUGUUCUCUUAAUGCACCAUUUUGCACUGGUGCUUGUUAUUGUUAUUGUUGUUGUAUGUUUAUUUAUGAUUUAAUGUCUGGCUUUCACUUUACCCAGGUUAUAUAAGACAAUCCCAAGGUUUGGGUGAUUCUUGUAUUGGUAAAUCAUGUUCUAUUUUUAAUCCAACAUAAUGGUACAUUUAACUCAAAAGUGAUUAAGGUAUCUACUGUAUUUGUUGACAUAUAACUAGCAUUUUUCCCUUCCUCUUGAAAAUAUGCCCCUGAAAUUAUCCUGCAUGAUUUAUUCUGAUGGUAAACAGGAUUCUAUGGGAGGAAAGAUCUGUUGUGAUUGUUGUUGUAACAAAUGUUUCCCCCCCAAACUUGAGACUAGCAAUCUUAUGAUAUUACAUUAUGAUUAUACUGUAUGAUGUUAUGGCAUUUUUUGCUUAUAUUGUAUUAUAGCAAAAAUUCAAGUUUCACCUGCAGUACUCAAACUUGAAUUAAAGUGUCAAGAGUGGUGUCUAGAAUAGAAACCAUUUGUUGAGAGUUGUAUACUAUAUGUUUUGUGUUCACUGUACCACACUCCAAACCACUUUCAGUUAGCAGUUUUAUAUAUAUUAGUAUAUUAUGAAUAUAUUUUCAGUGUUCCAACUAAAUCUUCACUCAAAAUAUAGAUUUUAUUAUAUACACUCACAAUAAAGGUAUUGCUAAACCACAACAGAAAGGAACAUUAAGAUAUUUUUUUUAUCUUAAUUGUACGCAUCCAUCUCCAAGGAAAAGCUGAGUGUUGUACUCACAAGAAGUCACUGAUGCCAAGCUUAGGAAUCUCUUCUCAUUUUUACACUUUAUUGACUUUUCUCAGUCAGACCUACAAGGGGGGAAAAAAAACAUACAAGAUCACUUGACUAGGUUAUAAGCAUCACCUAAACUUUCAGCCAAUGCUUAUGACCCAUAAUUUUUAUAUAUAAUUUCAUUCUGAUAUAUACUACAAAACUAUACAUUUGAAGUGUGAUAUUAUGAAAGGAAAAGAAAUAGUACUAUAAUUUAAAAAAAUAUAUAUAUUUUUUACUUCCUUUGUUUACAAAAUUAUUUUGUUCCUGAAAUUUACCAUAAAAGUUCUAUUGCCUAUUAUUUGAUAAUGAAUGUUAUAUGCCAAUUAAUACAGUACUAAUUGAUUUUACUUUUUUUAUGGUUUAUGAAAAUAUCAUUCGUGAGGACUUGUAGCUUUGAACACGAGUGGCAGGCGUCAGGUGAAAGGGGAUGAGAAGACCGUUAUUUUGUGUGGUGGCUUGUGUUCUUGGUGGUGUGUGAUUGGUGGCAGCUUGACUGAUUAAAAGCAUUCCACUCCUUAGUUUUUCUCUUCAUAUAUAUAUUUUAUAGUCAUCAUAGAAAACAGAGAGUCUUGUAGAGUAGUAGUCUGUGUAGGUUUUAUAACAGCAUCGCCUACACUUCAUGUCACUUGUUGGGCUGCUACUGAGUACACAGUUUGUCAGUAUUUAAUUGAGUCAAAAGAUUGUUAUCCUAUCUGCACCUGGUGUUUAGCUUUGUUGAUAGGGCAGGUCUGUUUCUGAUCCAGGUGAAGUGUUUGUAGGAUGUGAUGGAAGACUUCAAGCGAUGCGGAAAGAGUGGGUUCCAGUAAUCUAGUGUGAAUCACAUCCGACUUUGGUCAUAAUUCUCAAACGUCUUCCUUUAUGGCUGUAAAAUCACCCUCCUCCUGCUCCUCCAACUUCAGAGUUCCUUGUGUUGGAGAAAACUAUUCAGAAUCCAUCAGUGCAGCUUAUUCAGUGAAGCUUCAUUGAAGUUAAUUUUAUCCUCACAUGUACUCUAUUCUAAACAUUUCUCUGGUCAUUGUCACUAAACUGAAGCUGACUCACUAUCCUGGGCUUGAUGCAAUGCUAUGAUCUUACUGACUUGCUUGUCAUAUUUUCCAAAACAAGGAAUAAUCUUAGUUUGUAGCCAUGUAGGAUAAGAUGGUCUUGCAUACAAUAGCCAGACACCCUUAAUUAGAGAUUAUACGGAGUCAAAGCCUGAUGUUUCAGCCAACAUAACUGCUUCUGGCUGGAUAACAAUUCACCAGGUGUAUACAUAUACUAUAUAUUUUUUUUUUUAUUUACGUUUUUCCCACUUAUGAGUGAUAGAUGGAGAUGUUGUCUGUGUAUGUGUCAAGUUUGUCCUAUUACAUUGUCCAGAAAUCUUGUUUGUCUUGUGAUGAUGCCACUUGUUUGUAACAUGAUAGAGUCGAUCUGAAGUAAACAGAAAUGUGGAUA